AUGACAGGAGAAUAUGUUGCUUUCUGUGUAGUUGUCCGAAAUCAACACAAUGAUCUUCCCGAAUGGUUACAACACCAUUAUUUCCAUCAUAAUAUUCGUCGUUUUUACAUAAUGGACGAUAACUCUUAUCCACCACAUUACUUGUCUCAGAAUUUCGGCAUUCCUCGCGAGGCUAUCACGCAUAGAUAUCUUCAAAAUGUAACAACCGCCAUACAACACGGAGUGUAUAACAUAUGUCAUGAAGAUUACGGAACAAAACAUCAGUGGAUUGCACUUUUUGAUGUAGAUGAAUUCUUGGAAGUCCGAUUACCGGCCACUUUGAAUACAUUUUUGAAAAAGCAUGAAAAUGCUGGAGGAGUAGGUGUCAAUUGGCAAAUCUAUGGGUCCAGUGGGCAUUUGACGAGGCCAACAGCUGGUGUACGAAAAAGUUACUUUAAAUGCAUUUCAGACGAGUCGAAUCCCCAUAAUACGCAUAUCAAAACAAUAUCAAACACCGCUUACUUUUUAGGAAUGGAUGGAAACCCACACACAGUGUUACUAAAUAAAGGGAAAACCACCGUAGAUGAACAUGGGAAACCUAUUCCAGGGAACGGCCCAUGUCGAGUUCCCGUGACAAAAGAUAUCAUUCUUUUGCACCAUUACGUACUGAAGUCGAAGGAGGAAUACGUAGAGAAAAUGCUAAGAGGUUCAGCAAAUAGAAAUAAGAAGGAUUGGAACUUUUGGAACCAUAUUGAAAUGUCUUCAAAUGCAAGCUGUACAUACAUGACUAAAUACAAUCCAUGA